AUGUUCCCAAAUUCCUCCAUCUUGGGCUGUCCACCUGUCCCACAAAAACAUCAACAACAGAGUUAUUUGUUCAGUAAGGUUCCUCACAAUACACCACCUGUCUUCGUUUCUCCCCAGCAAACUGUUGAUUCUUGGUUUGGUUUUCAGCAUAUGAUGAGGCGAAGUAAAGAAAGUAUUCCACAUGAUGCCAAACGGCAGCGGUUUCAUGCAUAUCAGUAUGAAACAACUGUAGUUAACCAAGCAGUGCCUUUACCAGAAGAGCGCAGAUGCUCCUUCCCAGGAUCAGUUCAGUUUCCCCUGCUCCAUACAUGGUGUCUACCAGAUGUAACUGGGUCGAUCCAGCCAUUGCAAGAUACUUUGUUUCCAGACCCUACAGAAACCAAGCUCCCUGUGGCCAAAGAUAAGUUAAGUCAGCAGGUAUUGGAUUUAUUUCAAGCAUGCCAGCAACGGACCUGUGAUUUGAACAGAAAAGAACUCUGCAGAACAGAACUCCAGAGAGAAAUUAAGCUGAUUUUUCCACAGAGCAGACUCUUUUUGGUUGGGUCCUCACUGAAUGGAUUUGGCACUCGUAGCAGUGAUGGUGACUUGUGCCUGGUGGUUACAGAAGAGCCAGUGAAUCAGAAGACUGAAGCAAGGAAUAUACUCAGCUUAGUCCAAAAACUCUUCAGUACUAAACUUUCCAGUUACAUUGAGCGACCUCAGCUGAUUCGAGCAAAAGUGCCAAUAGUGAAAUUCAGGGAUAAAGUCAGCGGUGUGGAUUUUGACUUGAAUGUAAACAAUAUUGUAGGAAUAAGAAACACAUUCCUUCUGAGAACCUAUGCAUACG